UUACAGAUUAUUAAUCACUGGUUUGUGUGGUGGAUUAUAAAAAUUCAAUAGGUAUUUUACUAAAAAGGAGAAUAAAAUUAAAUUAGCUAUAAUUCGCUACUUAGCUUACUCUUUUUGAUAAGGCUGCAAAUAUCUAAUAGUCUAACUAAAAUGAACUCCGAAAAAAACGCAACUCCACCAUCGGUAUCUUGGGCACAGAGAAAUUCUAAUGUGUAUGUUACUUUUAACGUCGAAUGUGAAAAACCGGACAUUAAAAUAGAGAAAAAACUGGUGUCCUUUAAAGGUAUAUGUGCACCAGAACAAAAGGUAUAUGAAGUAGAAAUACCAUUAUAUGGCGAAAUAGACCCAGAGAAGAGUAAUUAUUUGAAUAAAGGCAGGAUGAUUGAGGUUGUUUUGGCUAAGGAGCGACAAGACGAAACAUUUUGGCCAUCUCUUACAAGUGACAAAAAGAAGCACCACUGGCUAAAAGUGGAUUUCAACCGAUGGCAGGAUGAAGAAGAAAGCAGCGAUGAGCAAAUGAAUUCUGAUUCUGAGAACAUGUUUUCAAAGCCCCUCCCAGAUGAAUAUGAGUUCAAUGAGUUCCAUUCAAGUUCCAACGAAGAGGAGGAGUUGCCUGAUGUACAAUAAAAACUGUAAAUUAGUUAAAAAUAACUGAUUGUUACAGUUUUUCGUUUUAGCAUGGUGCAGAGGACAUGUGCAUACCUCUCAUUCUCUCACUCACUGAAAAUCAAUGUAGUGGGCUGUUUUGCUUUUUCAGUUCAUGCUGAAACAAAAAAACUGACAUCAGGAGCAUAAUCAUUCAUUAUACAAGGAAUUUUUAGAACAGUUUGUUUUAUAUUGUGAAAUUAGAUUUAGAGAAUCAGUCGGACUGGCAUUUUAUUAAUUGAAAGUAUCAGUAUUAUUUUUUGUGUGUAAUUUUUGCUAAUGUUGCUUUAAGUUGAGUAUUACUGAUAAUCACAUCUUGUUGAUGUAUAUUUUAUUAUUUAAGUUAUUUUUGCAUGUGUGUAAGAUCAUUAUGAAAGUGGUUGUUUGGGGUUUCUGAAAUUUUAAAGUCCUCAUACUUUGAUGGGCUUUCAUUAAAGAGUAUUAGGCAUUUAAUUUAAAAUUGUUUUUGAGACUAUUAAUAAAAACUGUUCAAUAAAAACUGAGAAUCAAUUUUACUCAGAAAUGUUUUAGAGGG